GCUGAACCGAUUCUUUUUGCAGUCGACUAGACACACUCACUUCAUUCACACCUUCGCUCUUACAGAAGAGACCUUGCCCAAUGACACACUAUCAUACUACUCAUCCAUCAAAGUCAAAGUCCACUUGGCCACAACAACAGGUCACUUUUUUUUCAAAAAGAUAUUCUCCACCUGCUGUGACUCAGUACCACCAGUAUACUUCAUACAGUCGUUUUAGAUAGGACAGUAAACAACUGAAAGUAGACGGGCAGUAGAAGUGGACAAUAGCAGACACCAUGAUGGAAACAACAUCCUCUCUUUUAAAGUCAGUGGCUAGACGUGUUUGGGCUGCUCCUCAGCGUCCGUUCAGAGUGUGUUCCUGGAACAGAGAGACUAAAAAAUGGGUCACUGCAGGAACUUUAGAGGAGCUAAAAGAAAGGGCAGCCCAGGCUCUCUUGAUGUCUACUCUACUGACUUUGGUGUGUGAGGAGGAUGGGACGGAGCUCGACUCAGAUGAGUUUUUCAUGGCCCUGCCAGACAACACUGUUUUCAUGGGACUAAAACCUGGAGAGACCUGGAAACAUCAUCCUUUGCACCAAAGGGGCGGUCAUAAACCAGGGGACAACAAGCCAAGGACAGGAAGAGACAUUGCUCAAGUCACCUUUGAUCUUUAUAAGAAGAGCCCCAAAGAUGUAUUUGGCUCAUUGAAUGUGAAAGCCACAUAUCAAGGGUUGUACUCUGUUAGUGCUGAUUUUCAAUGCCUGGGUCCAAAGAAAUUCCUGAGGGAGGCCCUCAAAGUCCUAUCUACUCUCCUAAAUGCUGCUGGAUACUUGUUGAUCUCAUCUGCUAAAGUGAUUCGCCGUGUUAUCCAGGGCGCGGAUUUUCUUGAAGCUCAACAAAGCAAAUCUGUCAGCAACACAGAGUACUGGCAUUAAGCUGAGAUAUGUCAUUUAAUAGACAAAACCGAGAUAAAUAACAUUGUAAAUGGAGAGACUGAAGAAGAAAUGCAAGUCAGUGGAGAUAUUUCUUUACAUAUUUAUGCUUGUGCUGUUCUAUUUGUAAGCGGUCUCUUUGCUUAUGGGGAGUUUUAAUGGAAAAUGACCAUAAUUUCUAGCAGGAAUAUUAAGAGUUAUUUGUUUACAUUUUAGUCCAGGCUUAACCAAUUUUAGCAGAAACCGAUUCUAAGGUUUUAACUCUUUUUGUAAAUUGUUGUUACC